AUGAUAACGAGACGUAAUAUACCAACUAUAGAAGCAAACGCUGCUGCUGCUGCUGCUGCUGCUGCUGCUGCUGCUGCAACUGAAAGGCAUAUUUCUGCUGCAGCUUCCGCUGCUCCACAUGGGGAGACUCAGCAAGCAGUGAAAGGCAUAUUUCUGCUGCAGCUUCCGCUGCUCCACAUGGGGAGACUCAGCAAGCAGCAGCAGCAGCGACAACAGCAGCAGCAGCAGCAGCAACAACAGCAGCAGCAGCAGCAGCAGCAGCAACCCACCCUUUGGGUCCUGAAAGGCCCUGGAUUCGAUGCACAGCAGCAGCAGCAGCAACAACAGCAACGGCAACAGCAGCAACAACAGCAGAAACAACAACAACAGCAGCAGCAGCAACAGCAGCAGCAGCAGCAGCAGCAGCAACCCACCCUUUGGGUCCUGAAAGGCCCUGGAUUCGAUGCAUUUUCGUCUGAGGUGUAA